AUGACUGAUUAAGCCAAUUUGAUUACUUAUAUUAUAAAGUUAGAAGCCACUUACACAAAAUUGAAAUAAAAAAUAACAAGAGAGAAGAAUAUGUUCAAAAGUGUUCUUUAAAAGUAUAAAUUUAUUAAAUUAGUGUAUCGUAAAAUUUAGGUGUAAAAUGUAAUGAAUCCUAUUUUGAUUAAUUGAUUAUUUAAGAAGAAGAUCCUCUAACUAAUUGGAAUGUUUUACUAAAUAAAUAAGAUGAUGUAAUUAGAAUAAGGUAAGGUAUUGCCAAAAAAGAAGCAAUUCUAAUAAAAUAAAAAAGUAAAAGAAGAGCUAAAGAAUAAAUACAAUAAUAAAGUUGA